AUGGCCGCCAGCUUCAACAAGGCAAACCCGGCGUCGGGCAGCCAGAGGAGAAGGGCGGGUCCUAAGCCUGAGCUCACGGAAACGCAGAAGCAGGAAGUCCGGGAAGCGUUUGACCUCUUCGAUGCCGAUGGCAGCGGGAAGAUCGACGUGAAGGAGCUGAAGGUGGCCGUGAGGGCGCUGGGCUUCGAGCCCGGGAAGGAAGAGAUGAAGAAGAUGAUCUCGGAGGUGGACAAGGAGGGCACGGGGAAGAUCGGCUUCAACGACUUCUUGGCCGUGGUGACUCACAAGAUGGCCGAGAAGGACACCAAAGAAGAAAUCCUGAAGGCGUUCAAGCUCUUUGAUGAUGACGAAACCGGGAAGAUCUCUUUCAAAAACCUGAAGCGCGUGGCCAACGAGCUGGGGGAAAACCUCACCGACGAGGAGCUGCAGGAGAUGAUCGACGAAGCCGACCUGGAUGGUGACGGCGAGGUGAACGAGGACGAGUUCCUGCGGAUCAUGAAAAAGACCGGCCGUUGUUAA